UCGCGCCCGGAUCCAGGCCCACAAAAAGCCUCUCCCCUCUACAAGAUGGUUGGAAUUUUGGCGACUGCGUUGGGCGCAGGCAUCGGAUUUGGAGUCGCAGCUGUUGGAGUCCCUGUAAUCCUGGGGGCUGCAGGAUUUACUGCUACAGGAAUUGCUGCAGGGUCAGUAGCGGCCAAGAUGAUGUCAGCAGCGGCCGUAGCCAACGGAGGAGGAGUGGCUGCUGGAAGUGCUGUGGCAGUGUUGCAGUCAGUCGGUGCUGCAGGACUCUCUGCAGCCACCCAGAGCGGGAUUGCGGCUGCUGGUGCGGCACUUUUUGCCCUGAUCUGAAAGCUGCACCUGGUCCCCCUGGUCCCUGGGUGACCAAAGCACAAUCCUCUGGCAUGCCUGAUUCAUCCACCAGGCUAAAUACAAUACAGAGCAAGUUACGGGAACCGCUUUCAGCACGCUCAAGAAGAAACUGCAUGUCGAACCAGCCCCUGAAGACCUCUUGCUUCUUGCAUCUGCCUAGUACAAGCUAACAUGUUGUGCCUUGCUUAGCACUGCUGUGGAAGAAAAAGCCUUUAUAAACA